AUGAAGUGGCACGAUGAACGACUACGGGCAAUCUGGUCCAAGCAGCUGAUCAAACUUGCGGGAGCGGAUGGUCAGCUCCUGGGGUCGCAAGUUAGUUUCUUCCACGGAUUCAUGGAGGUUUGGGAGAGUUACUGGCGAGCAAUCAGUGUGCUGCCUGAUUUGCUUUCAUAUCUGGAGCGCAGCACGAAACGCAGUCUUCUAAACGAGUGCAUGAAAGUCUUCUUGACUUCCAUCACAACUUCAGAUCCAUCAUCGAGAUCCAUACUCCACACACUCACCCUUCUCACCUAUUCGCACGAAUACGCCGAACCCCUCCAGUCCAGUGAUCCGACCGUCAGGGUCCAUGAUGCUGCCGGUUCCUGUUUUAGAGUCAUCGAUGGUCUUUGCGAGGUCGACGAGAAAGACGGCCAACAAAGGUUCAGAGAUCUAAUCAGUAAGGGCUACCUGGAAAGGGUCCGCGGCUACUACGAAACCUCGGCAAAAACCCUCACAUCUCAGAGCUCAGUCGCUGAGUAUUGUUCCACGGUUGGCCGCUGGCUGCUCGAAGAGGAGUGUCGCUGCCAUACUAUUCUCCCCCGUCAUAUGAACGAGGAUUUGAAGACGCUGGUCAUUGAUGUCGCACUAGAACCCCACCUCUGCAAGAAAAUCCGCGAGGAUACGCAGUCAGUGUUCGCGCUGCUCGACGAUGGCAACACCAGAGACAUUGGACGGGCUCAUAGGAUAGGGAGGUUGGCUAGAGGAGGAACGGAAGCUUUGAACGAAGCCAUAGAAGAAUUGCUGGCUGCUGCUGCUCAAGCUGCAUUAGGCUCGGACGCGAAACCAGAAGAGACGCUUUUGAAUCUGAUUCGAUUGGAUCUAAAGGCUCAAAAUAUCUAUCAUGAAGCUCUUGAUUCGGACUCGGAUAUGAAGAGAACCAUGGACAAGAUCUUAGGUCAUCAAAUUAGGAUUUGGUGUGGCAGCGGCGAUGGAGUCGCAGCACGGAAGACUUUUGAAGCGGACAGUAUCGUGUUGGCGAGAGACACAACAGAAACUCAGGUGAUACGGGAGAGGGCUCAAUUCUAUUACGAUUCUAUCACGCAGAUAGAAUGA